CUCCUAUCAAACGGACUCAACAGCUGUUAUCUUGUUGUUCUGCUGCUGCUCAGGUGUUUUUGCUUUAUUUAUCUCUGAUCAAUGAGAAUGAACAUCGAUCAGCUAAAUGACGACUGCCUGUGCAUUAUAUUGGAAUACUUGACAUUGCCAGACCAAAUCGCAAUGGCCCGGAGCUCGUUGCGGUAUGAGGAGCUGCUCGCCGAAAUUGUGUGGCGCAAGCCGCGUUACCGUGAGGUAUCCAUAUCGGAUGAUAUGCUGGCGCCACUGAACAAGGAGGAUUAUAUAUACUUUUUCGAGCUGACCAGCACACACAUGGAGAAGCUGUACAUCUGGAAUGUGCAUGACAAGGCGUUCGAUUCGUAUCUGGGACGGCAUUUGAUGCGUCCCGACCUGGACUUCUAUCUGUGCCUUAACCUGAACAAUCUGCGCGAGCUAUGCGUCACCGAUAAUUACAUGAACAACAGCAUGAUACAGAACUUAGCCAAGAGUUGUCCACACUUGCAAAGCCUGAGCGUGUCCAGCGCCUACAUAACGGGCAUGUUUAUGGUUGGCCUGCAAAAUCUACAGACGCUUGUGGCCCGGGAAUGCUCCAUCGAGGCCGAACACCUGACCGAGCUGCUGGCACAGCUGCAGCUGACCACACUGGACCUCACGUCCAAUCGAUACAAUUUGGAGCAAACCAUACUGGAAGCGCCCGCCGCUGGCCUGUUACGUUUGCAGCGUUUGGGCAUCUCUGAUGCACAGGACUGUGGCUUUCGCAUCGCUGAGCAGCUGCCACAGCUGAAGGAGCUGGUUGUCAGCUAUCAUGGUGUUAUGGCGAAGGUUUUGCAUGAUAUGCUAGACACAACGCGGCAACUAGUCGAGUCCUCGGAUACGAAAUUCCCAAAGCGCCUGCAAUCGAUUAUGUGCAAUGUGGUCGAUGUGGAAGUGGCCCUAGAGCAGAUAACUGGCCUGGAGACGCGCUGUCCACGCGAAUCUCCCAAGUUCUGUGAGAUUUUAAAGAUAAUUUACAAAUGCAAAUAGGCCAUCAAAUGUUGCUACUCGGUAGCUAUUUUUAGAUCAAUGCAUUUGGCAUUCUAAUAUUGGCAUGAAGUGCAUAUAUAUGUACAGUGGAAGCUCGCUUAGGCGGUUAUCUAAGGCUAAAGUUUUCUGCCCUCUGAUGUGAUUACAUAAGUAGUAAAAAGACAACAAAACAUACACUCAAAUUUUACCAAGUUUUUACCAAAGUUCUUUAAGAUAAAUAAAAGACGAAUAUAUAAAA